UAUACUUGCUGUCAGUGAUAGAAAUAUAACCUAUACAAUUCGUAGGAACUUUUGGUAAAUUAUCGACACAUAUGUUAACACCACACCACAUUAAAUACCUUUGAAAUAGAACACUAGAUGUCAUUCGGUUUAACAUAUCCAAAUUUAAACAUGGCGUCGGCGAUGGAAAUAGAUGAAGAAGACAUUGAGUUACCUACUUCUAGCAGUAGUAAAGGAGAAAAAAAACGUUUCGAAGUUAAAAAGUGGAAUGCUGUGGCACUUUGGGCUUGGGAUAUUGUCGUAGACAACUGUGCUAUAUGCAGAAAUCAUAUUAUGGAUUUAUGUAUCGAAUGUCAAGCUAAUCAAGCCUCAGCUACCAGCGAUGAAUGUACUGUAGCCUGGGGUGUAUGCAAUCAUGCAUUCCAUUUCCAUUGCAUCUCUCGAUGGUUGAAGACUCGACAAGUUUGUCCUCUCGAUAAUCGUGAAUGGGAAUUCCAAAAAUACGGUCACUAACUGAAUGCGUUCCACAACCAAGAAUAUCAAAGUCUAUAGGAAUUGGCAAACCAACAGAGGUAUAAAAUAAUAUAUGAGACUUGUGGAUUUUCAUGAUUAAACUAAGGUAAUGUUAAAGAAAAGGAAAAACAGUAAUUAAGGUUAAAUUUAUUGAUCGCACAUGAUUACAUAUAAAGGAGAUAAUUAACGGAUAGAAUCUUUAAUUUGAUACUUUAUUUAAUGAUAUAAGCUUUGGAAUAGUAAUUGAAUCUUUAAGAAAUAGAAUUUGUGCUGUAACACAUGUAAGAAAUUUUCUUUGAUUUUUA